AUGCCAUUGGCGAUUUACCAUCACAAGAAGAUUGAGCUUAGCUUCCACAAGGGACUCGAAACUAACAGUUGUAUACCCAUCCGGAACAAAAUCACCGUACUCGAAGUAGGCAAGACUUGGACACAUACCAUCAAUGGUUUAGACAUCCCGCGAGCAGAAGAAAACGGAGUUGAGGUCAAAGUCAUAGCCGUAGACUCCAUGGGAAUCAAAACUCCAGUCUACACAAGAACACCAACUAUGUUCCUUGACUUUACCCUCAAGCCAGGAUCUCAAACCCACCAGAACGUUCCAGAAUCAUGGACAACUUUCGCCUACAUUAUUGAAGGCGACGAGGGUGUGUUCGGCUCGUUGAACUCUUCCGCUAUAUCUGCACAUCAUGUUGUAGUGAUUGGACCAGGGGGUUUAGUUAGCGUGUGGAACAAGUCAACAUCGAGGUCGUUGAGGUUUCUGUUGAUUGCAGGGGAACCAAUAGGUGAGCCUGUGGUUCAGUGUGGUCCGUUUGUGAUGAACUCACAGGCGGAGAUCGAUUUGGCUUUUGACGAUUAUCAGAAUGCUAAGAACGGGUUUGAAAUGGCCAAGUGUUAG